UGAAAGUAAACCUUUAAGCUAAAUUGAACAGUUUUAGUGCCAUAUUAAAUACAAUAAAAAUGAAGCCAAUAAUAUUUUUAUGUCUAUGCGUCAUCUCCUUCGUGGUUGCUAAACCUGCUGAGCAAUACACAGACAAGUUCGACAGCUUUGAUGUAAAGGAAAUAAUUACGAACCGGCGACUUCUGGUUGCUUACAUCAAAUGCGUCCUUGACCAGGGAAAAUGCUCACCUGAAGGAAAGGAAUUGAAAUCUCACAUUAGAGAGGCAGUAGAGAAUUACUGUGCAAAAUGUACCCCGGCACAACGCGGCGGUACCAGGACGGUAAUCGCUCAUCUCAUCAACAAAGAAGAAGACUACUGGAAUCAACUCACCGCAAAGUACGACUCCGACCGGAAGUACACCAAGAAGUACGAAACUGAACUGAGGGCUGCGAAGCAGUUAUAA